GCGCAUGGUUUGGGACGCUUCCUGCUAGCGCGUGCUAAGAAAGCUUAGCUUCCUUGUGAAAGCUCCACACGUGUUAGUUAAGCAACGCUUGCCUCAAUCCACCUGCGUGAGCUCCGAACGCGCUAUGAGAUAGAACGCAGCGCAAGCGCAGAGCCCGCCGCGCAUUCGACGGGAUGUGUCGUGUUUGACGUGUUUAUGGUGAUCUCUUCGUUACCAUGGGACCCCAAUACGACUAUUGCCUGCGAGCUACAAAUAAUCCAUCUUAUUUUGCGCUACCAGACAAAGACCUCACUGAUAGCGCAGAAUCACAUGGCGCGUCGUCGGAAACAUAUUCUCGGUCGGCACCAAGUCGCGUUUGGCCUGACACAGUUAGAUCAUUGGGUUCUCCGCGGCGUAGGGAACCUGAGAGCCCAAGACGGAAGGAAUUCCGCGCUCUUCUUCGUUCACUAUCAGCUAGAGAGCCAGAGCAAGCUGAAGCAUUCCUUAAAGGGCAACCGAGACCCGGAGACCGUGCACCUGGUGAUAUGAGACAUACGUUUACUGCUCCACGAAUAAAAAAAGGCAAGAUAAGUGCAAAGGUGUUGACUCCAGAAGGUUACACACAAGAGCGCGAAGAAGUGUUCUACACAAUCCCGCUGCAAGGACGGAGAAGACAUUCAGUUGGAGGGUACCUAGCAACGGGCGGGGCAGGUGGAGGUGAAGUCACAUCCGUGCCAAGUGAAGUACCCAAAAUGCCGCCUCCCCGUUUCGCUCCCAAAGAUGAAGAUACAGUAAAACGCAGGAGACCAAAGAACUUUCCUUUUAAAGAAAUGGAAGACAUAGCAAUAUUGUGGAGUUCUGGUUCCCCAGAGAGUGCACUAUGGUCCGACUACCUUGUUGCUAGCUUCGACAAAAUAAUGUCACAGAGAGCUAGACACCAUUACAGAGUAACUCCAAUAACAGCGGAAGAGCUAAUGUCGGGAAAUGCCCAAGAUAAACUAGACAGGUUAUCAAAAGCACAGCUGCAAAUAAUGAUCCUUUGUCCGAAUCUCGCCAGUAAGAUGACUGACCUAAAAGUUGAGACCAACUGUGAGAACAUGUUCAAAGUUGACAAGCUUUUAGUAAUGCUACUGGGCGUGGAUAAAAAUCAUGUUCUGGCCAACAGCAGUGACGAAUACCCAAACAUCGACCAGUGGCAAAUGAUGUGUGUGAGGGAGAAGGACACGACAUUUGUAGAUACAUUCCUGACAGCCGCUGUCGGCAUAUUGAGGACCAAAGACUGCAAGGACAUCGCCACAGAUAAAACUAGCUUCUCUAUAGUUCCAAAGAAAGUGAAAAUAGGCCAAAGUCGAGUGAUAGCGCUUCUCAACGACCCCAUUAGGGAAGAGGACAGCAUUAAGAUAAUGGUGGACAAGAAGGGAGAGGUGAUAAAUAUAACUACUUUCAAAAAGAGAAACCCUUACACUCUGCAGUUCGAUAUUCCAGAGGCGUGCUUAGAUGUGUCGAUGUUGGUGUGGGUACGAGUGAGCAAGAAUGGACAACCAUUGGGGCGCAGACAAAUCAAAUGCGAGAGCCGCCUUCGUGAGCUGGACCAGUUGCUUAGAGCAUCUGAUCACCCAUUAGAGUUUAUGUGUCAAACACUCGGCUUCAAAACAACCAGCAAGGAGCAACUGGACAGUUGGAUGUUAAACGCCUUCCAGAAGAAUAUCCCACCACACUUCAAUUUGCUAGCAUCUAAUGAGCAGUUCAACCCUAAAGCAGACGUAUCUAGUGGCGAAGAAUACCCAACACUUCUGCAUUGGGCUGCUCGGUUUGGCCUUGAGCGAGUUUGCUGGCAGUUGGUGGAAUGUCCUGGAGGUGGAGCCGCAGUCGCGCUGCGGAACGUACGACAUCGCACCCCUGCCGAUCUUGCACGAGAUCACAAGCACUACCGUCUCGCGGAUAUGCUUGCAGAUCAUCUAAAAAUUAACGAGUUUUCUAAUAUGUAUUACUACUUAAAGAACAUGUCGGAUAACGAUAAAGAAAAAAAUCAAGACGAUACCAAAGAACUUCAUAUUGUUGAAUCCGAAGAUACAGUUGACUCUCCCAGUUGUGAUAUUUCUAAACAAACAGGCGCAGAACACUCCACUGAUCCUUUUAGUGAAGAUUGCACACAAAGUUUAGAAGAAAAUGUAGAUAAGGAGAAAGAAGAAAAGAAACAUCGUCCUACUUUGAAAUUACCAAAAGUGAAAGAACAAUUUUAUCAAAAUGAUUUUCCCCUGAUAGACGACACAAUAGACAGGAUACAGCAAGCAAUUGAACAUGAUUAUUUAGUACAACCGUCUAAUAUAAAAGUGGAAAGUCCAAAAUUCAGACCUAAUAAUCUAUAUGCUAACAGUUCUCGCCUAAUGCCUCAACAAAAUGACAUAUUUUUAUAUUCUCCCACCGAAGAAUCAAAGACUUUCAAUAUUGAAACUCCCACUAGUGAUAUAAGCCAAAUAAACUUGAAUACCAAAGAUGCGCGUAACAGUGGUAGCAUAAAAUCUGGAAAAGAGAGUUGCCCUCUGACUGGACAAGAAGAAUUAGUAGAAAUUAUUAACGAUUUCAAAAACAACGUAUUUACUAUAUCUGAAGUAGAAAAGUUAGUCAUGGAAUGGAGAAAUAGGAACGAAACUCAACAAUCUAUUAAGGAAAAACAGGAACAAUUGAAUAAGAUGCGCGAAGAAUAUGAUAAAAUUCAACAAAAAAUAAAGGAUAACUUGAAAAGACCCACGCCUUUUGAAAGGGUGAAAAAGUUGUUUUCUAAAAGCAAGAAUAAACAUCAUCACGAACACAAUAAUGGUACAAUUGAAAAAAGAAAUGGGAAUACUCGGCCGAAUAGCAGUUUAAGUGAAAGUUCUUCGUCGUCGGGCCGACUUAGUACAGUCAGCGGUGGUAGCGUCGCCGAGACCAACAGUGUCCAGUCUGAGAAUGACGACAAAGCCAGAUCUAUUAUAUCAUCAAGCACACUUACUAUGCACUCAGCGUGUGAUAUAGAGAGUCGUCUUGAUGACUAUUUGAUACCGCCACCGCCUCGGCCCCUUAACGGCUGCCCGCAAUUCACUACCUUCGGACACCCUAAACACGACAACAGGGCGCAACACAUGGCAACGAUCGUGGAGCGGGAGGCAUCAGCGUCCCGGGAACGGUUGGACGACGACGCACACAGCGGUACACAUUUGCGCAUGAACUUUGCAUCCCGCGACCGCCCCCUGCCCGCGCCCGCUCGCUGCGACGACCGUGACGGCGCUCACAUGUAUAUGAACAUAUCUGCUACCCAAACAUAAUCGCUUACAAGGGCCUAUGCAGACGAGAUACAAUAUUUCUGCAGAAGAAAGAUAAAGUUAUCCCUUUAUAUCAGCCAUAGACUUGAAUGGAAACAUGUAAUAAUAUAAUAAAAAAAAAUCUGGUAUGUAUUCAGGCUUUUUUAUCGAUUACACAGAUUCGACAUUCGACGGGAGAAGUAAAAUUGCAUA